GUGGGCUCCAUCCAUCUGUGGUGGAAGAAAUACCAGCGAACCACUCUUCAUAACCGUGAAGCUCAAUCACUGUUCUUCUUUUCUCAAGGCAUACUUACUCGAGGAAGUCGUCCCUAGGAAAAGACAUACUUGAUAGCAUUCAAGAAAUUACGAGCCUUUGAACCCCUACAACCCCGAGUAGACCUGCAUAUCGACGUCACGACUCUCACAUCUCUAAAGUUGCGCACCGUGUUAUAUUCCUUCACUGCGCAGCAAGUACCUUAUCGGCAGCCAAGACACAGUUUGAACAAAACAGUCGAAAGGGUUGAUACAACAUAUACAUUACUUACCUUGUUUCCUCCCGUGUACUUCGCGAACACGAAAAAAAGAUGUCCAAUCCGAACGCUACCGAGCCCUCUCCUCUCUCCGAGACCAGCGUACCCAGCAGCUUCGACAAUGAGUUCUUCGAAGAAUCACGCUUCCAGAAGUUCUGGCGGAAAAUCAGACAGGAACCUCUGAUCCCCGUCGGGUGCGCCGCGACGUGUUAUGCCCUGUGGAUGGCGACGCGGUCGAUCCGGGCCGGCGACCACCACCAGACGAACCGCAUGUUCCGAGCACGUAUCUACGCGCAGGGUUUCACGCUGCUGGCCCUGGUGGCCGGGAGCUACUUCUACAAGGACGAGCGGAUCAAGCGUAAGGCCUUUGAAUCGGCGCUGGACGAGAAGAAGACGGCAGAGAAGAGGGAGAAGUGGCUCCGGGAACUCGAGGCACGAGACCAAGAGGACCGAGAGUGGAGGGACCGCAUCGAAAAGGCGAGCGCGGAUGCGAGAGCCGGAGUGCAAGACAUCAAACAGUCCACGGAGAGACUGCUCGACGACGGCAAGGAGAGUCUGAAAAAGGUCGAGCAACAGAUUGCGUCUGGGCAGCCUGGAGAGGGGGAGAAGAAGUCGAGCUGGAAGAUCUGGAGUAGGAGCGUACAGGAUGAAGUCAUUCUUGACGGAUGGGGUCCUGGAAUGUGGGCGACGAGGACCAGAGAUGCGUGGAGGAGGUUUUGAGUGCCGUGUCAAAGACACUCAUUUAGGGCCGGUGUCGGUGUGUACAAAAAGGGUCUCAAAUUGAAGGACGAUCACGGCAAACCCAUGGAAUAAGAUAUCACUACUCGAAUACUUUUCUAGAUGAUGCUCCUCCCUCGCUUUCAUGUCUCCUAUGUACAGAUCAACCACUUCCCGGCCAUGUGCUGCUCUAUGACCCUAGGGGUCUGAAGACGACCUCGAGCUCCUGAAUCCAAGCUGGAAUCAAAAGAACAGCGACGUAUAUAAUCAGGCUCUUAUUGCCGAACCCAUCUGGUUUGAUCUCAGUACAUCCUGUUAUUGCCAGGCGUUUGGGUGGAAGGGAGGUGCUCGUGCACCUCGUUAGCGUUACCUGUAGCUGCA